AUGUCAUCUGCCAAGAAGAUUGCCGAAUUUCCUGACGUCGAAGCGAAACUCCAGAAGCCGGGCAAGCAAUCCGCUUUCGAGAGACAAAAGGCCGAAGCCGAAGCAAAGCGUCGAAGAGAGGCCGAAGAGACAGCCGCCGUUUACGAGGACUUCGUCAAGAGCUUUGCCCACGACGAUGAAGACGAUUCCUUCCGUGGAUCGCGUCAUGGCCCGUCAAGGUUGGGCUGGGGAGGGCCCGACAGACCAACGUUCGGCAGUGGUACCACGUUUGGAGGAGGGACAGGAAAGAGACACUUCGGCGUCCCCUCUGGCGCGUCGCUGAAGAGCGGUCCGGGAAGCUUGGGGCCCCCGCCGUCAUCGUUUGGGAAGAAGAGAUCAUACGAUGGCUUCCACCGAGACUCGGACGAGGGACGCGGGAGACUAGCGUUUGAAAACCGGGACAGGGACAGGGACUUGGGCACGCUGCCCGUCUCCAAGGCAUUCGAAGCCAGCGACGACGAGGGAGAUAGCACAACCGCCGACAGGGCCGAGGAAAAGGCGAUAUCCAAACCGACACUCCGCCUCGCGAACAUACCCCCGGGCACAUCGCCCGCCUUCAUCAAGUCCCUGAUUCCGGCCAACCUGACCGUUGAGAACGUCAAGAUUGUGCCGCCCGCUGGUCCCAGCGGUACGGAGCGGAAGUCUAUUGCUGCUGUCGUCACCUUGUCCAAAGAGACGCCUGCUACCGAGAUUGACAAUGCCGUGAGCGCUCUGCAAAACCGCUACCUAGGUUUCGGCUUCUUCCUCUCCCUGCACCGGCAUCUUUCUUCUGCCGCCAUGUCAUCUGGCCUGGCGGCUGUCACUUCCUCGGCGACUGUCUCGUAUCCAUUUGGCGCGAGGAAGGUCGACGAGGGCCCUACAAGGCCGGCACACGUGCCGAUGGGCCACGGUCGGGCAUAUGCGCCUCCGACAUCAUAUGGCCCCCCGAUGGGCGGUUCGCUCAACAGGGCCGGUAUUCUUCAUGUCCCGGUUCGCGCGCCGCGAGACAUUAAGCAACUACGCAUGAUUCACAAAGUCGUUGAAUCUGUUCUGGAGCACGGUCCAGAAUUCGAAGCCCUCCUCAUGUCCCGACCAGACGUUCAGCGCGAUGAGAAAUGGGCUUGGAUUUGGGAUUCCCGCAGUGAAGGCGGAGUCUGGUAUCGCUGGAGACUGUGGGAGAUUGUGACAGGUUUGCAGUUUACGAAAGGGAAGCUCGAGUAUCUUGCAAUAUUCGAGGGUAGCCACGCCUGGAGAAAGCCCGAACGGCGGCUUCCAUAUGAGUUCACCACGGACGUCGCCGAGUUCAUUUCCGACUCGGACUACAACUCUUCAGAUGACGAUGAAUUUGAAGACGAGCAAACUCGACAUUACGACGGGCCGGACCAGGACGACACAUUCCUGAACCCAUUCGAGAAAUUCAAGCUGGCCCAUCUGCUGGCUCGGUUACCGACGACACUGUCCAAACUCCGAAAGGGCGACAUUGCGAGUGUAACGGCAUUUGCCAUCACCCACGCCAGCAGGGGUGCAGACGAGGUCGUAGACAUGAUCGUCUCGAAUGUCGAGCAGCCAUUCGCGUAUACAUCAGCCAACCCGGACUAUAAACCAGGAGCCAAGUACAGAGACGGCGGCGAGGACGACUCCCGUGACCCGUCACCCGCGCCCGGGGACAAAGCCACUUCCGAUGCCCCUGAUCUCAGUGUGGCACGUCUCCUGGGUCUCUACGUAAUCAGCGAUAUUCUGUCCUCCUCCUCCAGUAGUGGGAUCCGUCACGCCUGGCGCUAUCGGCAAUUGUUCGAAGCGGCACUCCGGAAGCGCAAGACAUUUGAGAUGCUGGGCAUGAUGGCCGACAAGCUGAGCUGGGGCCGUCUGCGCGCCGACAAGUGGAAGCGCAGCGUCGGGCUCGUCCUGAACCUGUGGGAAGGGUGGUGCGUGUUUCCGGUUGAGACCCACGAGUCGUUUGUCCGCACCUUUGAGAACCCACCUAUCGCCAGGAAAGAGACCAACGGGGCUGAAACAGAGAGGAAGGCCGCCGGGCGGUGGAAGACCGUCGAAGCGGUCCCCGUUGACGAUGGCGGGAAGAGCGGCGGCUUCCUGCCGGUGUCGACGAAGGAGGCCGUGGACCAGGAUACUGUGGAUGACAACGUCGAGAACUUACUGUACGCUGAUGGCGGCGACGAAGAAGAGUUGGAUUCGGUUCGUCUGCAGUACCUGGCUGGCCUGGACGAUGCAUUCUCCGACCUGGACCUUGACGGCGAGCCGUAUGACGGUUCUGCAGAUGCGUCGACCAAAGGUGAUGUUACAGCGAAGUCGAAACAGACACCGGCGGUGCCUGUGCCAGCCGGAACAGAGACCAACACAUCUAUCGGCAGCUUUCAGAUGUCUACGUCGGAGCCGGCGCAGGCGCCUGCUCGAAAACGGAUGCGGGCCAUGGACAUGUUUGCGGAUUCUGAUUCGGAUGGGGCCAUUUGA